AUGCACAGCCAACCAAGCCAUCCGGCGUCUCUUCGUCAGAAAAUACUUGAUGACGUGUACGUCGGUCCUUCUCACUUCCGGGUUCGGGUAAACACAUCCCUGUGGAGUCGGCUCGUGUCAAAAAUGUCCAAAGUAACGUUUAAAAUCACGCUAACCUCGGACCCCAGGCUGCCAUUCAAAGUGUUGAGUGUCCCAGAGAGCACACCGUUCACAGCUGUGUUGAAAUUUGCGGCUGAAGAGUUCAAAGUGCCGGCAGCGACCAGCGCCAUUAUCACCAACGAUGGAAUUGGAAUAAACCCAGCACAGAUGGCAGGCAGUGUGUUCCUGAAACACGGCUCGGAGCUGCGGCUCAUUCCCAGAGACCGAGUGGGAGGAAGAGGACUGUGA